GCCAUUGGUAUACCAGAGCACAUAGAGGUGUAUGGCUGUAGGCUAGUGGAGGUGUUUGCUUACUUGUGGAAACUUUUAGCGGAAGUUUCAAUUAAUUGUAAGAUACCACAGACGACGUAUAUAGUGAUGUAGAUGCCAAAGCGUUUCCCACGUAACAAAAGUUCUGAUGCUGCCUAGACCUGCGCGCACUUCAUGAUAGGCUAUGGAUGAGCGUUGUUGAGCAAGACGAUAUAGGAUAUUGACAGCAUCUUUAGGUCAUUAUAUGCAUAUUAGGCUGUGCCGGUCGGCGAGGUGACAAGCAAAGGACAUACCGAAGUUGCAUUUUGGAUGCAGAUGCGCAUGGAUUUCAGGUGUUGUAUUGCCUAUUUCCAACUCCUUGGAAUAUCCGUCAAUGAUUUAACACAAUUUAAAGCUGAUAAAUAAGAUCAUGGGGGGAGAUCAACUCGAUGCCAACGCAAGCUGGAAUUACAUGCACAACGACUCAACCAAAAUGUGGAGCGACAACGCAUUCACAGCGCCUGUCAUGGUCAUUCUUUUGAUGAUGAUGGUAACUUUGGUGGUUGUGAUAGUUUUGGGAAACGCUUUGGUCAUUUUCGCCUUUAAAGUAGACAAGAGUCUGAGGAGGCAAAGCAACUAUUACUUCCUGAAUCUCGCCAUAUCGGAUUUUCUUGUUGGGGCAUUCUGCAUUCCAGUGUACAUCCCAUACAUCCUGACAGGGAGAUGGAUGUUGGGCAGAGGACUGUGCAAACUGUGGCUGGUCAUGGACUACUUGCUCUGUACUGCCUCUGUCUUCAAUAUUGUCCUGAUCAGCUAUGACCGCUUCCUCUCUGUCACCAGAGCGGUGAGCUACCGUGCCAGACAGGGCAUGACCCACCAAGCCAUCAUGAAGAUGAUAGCAGUCUGGGUCCUGGCCUUUGUCCUCUAUGGCCCUGCCAUCAUCUUCUGGGAGCUGGUGGUGGGGAAGAGCCGUGUCCCGGACGAUGAGUGCUACGCUGAGUUCUACUACACCUGGUACUUCCUCCUCAGUGCCUCCAUGUUGGAGUUCUUCUCCCCAUUAAUCUCCGUAACCUUCUUCAACCUCAGCAUCUACCUCAACAUACGUCGGAGGAGGCUCCGGAACAGAGAUGAGACGAGUGGACAGGCCCACGCGCCUGAUGGACAGCCCCCUCCCCUGGGGAGAGGGGAAUGCCUCCGCCUCACUUCCCUCUUCUCCCGGAACUCGGUAGUGGUUAAGAAGCUGUCUAGCACUGUGUCGGUCCAGGAGAGGGGAUCAGGCUCGGGGUCCUUCCACUCCCAGAUCUUCCAUCCCCCCUUGGAGCGGCAGGACACCUCCACUAGGGGCACACAGCGCAGCUGCCUGUCAAGGGACAAGAAGAUUGCCAAGUCGCUGGCUGUCAUCGUGUGUGUGUUUGCUGUGUGCUGGGCGCCCUACACCCUCCUGAUGAUCAUCAGAGCCGCCUGUAAGGGACGCUGCGUCCAGCACCACUGGUAUGAGGUCACCUUCUGGCUGCUGUGGCUCAACUCGGCCAUUAACCCUUUCCUCUACCCGCUCUGUCACAGCAGCUUCCGCAGGGCCUUCGGCAGGAUCCUGUGUCCCAGACGGAGGGCAACUCAGCUGGCCACCGACUGACCUGCAGUAUGGCCAAUCACUUAAGGGCCUCUACUGUAUCGUGAUGCAUAGGCCAGUAGCCAGAGAGGUGGUGACCCAAAGGAGAUAAUCAAGACUAAAACUGAUACUUUAGCAAUGAACAUUUUUAAUGGAACAAAACAGAUUGUCUUACAUGUGAUAGGCCAGUGGCCAGAGAAGUGGGGUGAAUCUCGAAAGCCGAAAUGACUCAAAGGUGAUACUACAUAAACUCAAAGGCGAUACUACCCACUGGCACAAACUGGUUGAAUCAAUGUUGUUUCAACGUAAUUUGUCAACGUCUUGUGACGUGGAAUCUAAGUGGAAAAUACAAAAAGUCAUCAAC